UUCAUUUUGCCACUGUCUUUUUUUUUUUUUUUUUCCCUGUUUUCUAUUCUUGCUGAUUUGCAAAGUCUCAGGUGGCCGAGUUGUGAGUUGUUUGUCCAACAGCUCCUUUGUUCUGAUCUGUGCUUCUGCAAAAACUGGAAAAACCUGUUCACUUGCUCUUUUUUUUUUUUUUCAUCUUCCUCCAAUUGGUAGCUGCAGCUUGUCAACAUGCAGACAAGGUGGUGCCUACCUUUCAUGUGGAAAGCUGCCUUACAAAAACAGGUUGUAUUUUCCCUUAUCCCAGAGUUUUUCUAGACUCAUACAGGCUUUGGUGGAUCCUCCAUGACCUAAACUCCAUUUGUUCUCUAUGAAAUGUGUUUAGGUAAUUAUCUUAUUUCUCUUGAAGUGAAAGGAAGAUGUGUCUCCAGUGCACUCAUUGUAAAUAAUAAUUUAUGAACUUUAGGAGAUUUGCCUUGUGAAAUGUAUUUUUUUGGACAUAGAAGUCUGUCUGCCUUACAGCAACUGCGCAUGGUGUGGUGUUAAUAUCUGUAAGACAGAGCAAACAGUGAGGAGGAAAGCUAGUGCAAAAAGCAGAAAAAUUGAGAAGAAGCUUUUGUUUCCAUCUCCUUCCUUUUUUUCUUGCUUUGUGCUGCUGUUGGAACAAGAAUGGGUCAGCUAUGUGGACGAUGCAUGCAGCUCCUCCGGGACUUCAUAGGCUUUGUUCAGAGGAUGUCCUCUGACUUGGUGCAAGGCAUCAAGGAAUGCUUAAUUCUGAUAAGCAAAUGUUCCUGCUUAAAACAAAACAGCUCUAAAAACGGACAGCUGUACAAGCCCAUCCUACAGCCUCAUGAGAGAGUGACAGCACAGGAGUUUCUGCAGCAUAUUGAAACAGAUUUUGAAAUGUGUCCACUGGGAAAGGACCCUUUGGAAGCCUUGAAGACCUUAUCCUUUUCAGAAAACCCAGGUUUACAGCAGUCGGCUGCCCUCUAUUACUUGCAUAUGAGCCAGCACAUGAGCAUCCCCCUGCCUGUGGAGCAUCUGGAACCCUUCUAUGCCUUACUACGUUCUGCUGACUUGGAGGUGCAGCAGAUGUCUUCCUUGUCCCUUGUCAACUUCCUGCUGGAAGGAAAUAUUGACAAAGAAUUAGUUGUCCAAAUGGGUUUACUUGAGCCAAUUUUGGAUCUGCUUGAAUCAGAGGAUCCCACUGUCCAGUGUAAUUCCUGUGCCUGCAUCAUGACUUUGGCAGUUUCGGAGUCCAACCGAGAGGCUAUUGGUGCUGCUAGAGGAGUUACACCCCUACUGUCUCUUGCCAGUUCAUAUGAUCCCAGAGUCCAACAAAAUGCAGUUGGUGCUAUUCUGAACCUCACACAAUCAGAGAAAAUCCAACAAGUCCUAUGCAAGGAAGGAGCCCUACCAGUUCUUGCCUUGCUUCUGGAAUCUCCUGACUCAGAAGUCCAGUAUUACAGCUGCGCUGCCCUGAGCAACGUGGCAGCCAAUGUUCAGCACCACAAAGCCUUGCUGAGACCCAGUGACAGAUUCCUGCUGAGGACACUGAUCUCUCUCCUAUCCUCUUCUGUGGACAAGGUUUCAAGCCAGGCAUGUGUUUGCCUAAGAAACUUGGCUACCAGUGUGGACAUCCAGGCUGAGAUGGUUGCUGAGAACGUCCUGCCCAAGCUGUGCUCUCUCCUGGCCUCUGGAAGCGAGGAUGUGCGUCGUGCCUCCAUUGCUCUGCUCUGGAUACUCUCCCAGCACCCGCCCAACCAGGACACUCUGGCAUGUGCUGAGCUACUGCAGAGCCUGGGGAUGUUACUGGCAGCACAUAAAACAGACCCUGUGAUUGUUGGACAUACUGCUUGCAUCAUCAAAAACCUGAACCUUUCCAAAAACAGGCAGAGAAUCACUGAGAGCUGCUGUGUCGAAGGUCUCCUCCAGACCAUGCUUUUGACUGACACUCAGGAAGACUCCCUUCGUUAUGUGACAUCCUGCCUUGCUGAGCUAGCAAAGCAAGAAGGAGCCAUGUUACACAUGGUCCAGUGGAUGGAUGAACCUUUGACAAAGUGCUUGGUAAGACUGGCUGGCCAACUCGAACAUCCUGAGCCAUCUUUUCAUGCUGCCUCCAUCAUCCAGCACAUGAUCAGUCACGAAAGAAUGAUGCUUUUGUGGAAGCAUCACAUUGGGGAGAUUCAAGCCUACCUCAAGAAUUUUCUUACCCACCAAGAGGUCCGUUUUCAGCAGCUGGGCAUCUCCACACUCUGCAAACUACGAGCAGAUCCAGACUUUUCAUUAGCAUUCAGAAAAGGCCAAAUGGCCAAACUCCUUGAGCAAGUUCGUCAACAAACAGAAGAAACUCAAGAGCUUCUUAGGGCAGCUAUGUGCCAUGAAGACAGUUAAUAUUUAAGCUAAAUGGCUGAUGAAAACUUACCAGAUCCAAGGGCCUGAACUUUCAGAGGAAACAACUCUUUUCCUUGGUUCCUGUAAUUUUCCUGCUACUUGCAGUUUCGUCAUACAAGAGAGAUGUCCUGAUAACAAGAACUGGAGCAGGUCAAAACACAAUUCCUUGCACCCUUUUGCUGUCUGCUUAAGUGUGUUGAGGACAUGGCUACAUGUUGAAAAACACCCGCUACGCUUGGUUAAGUUUCCAUGGUUUGUUUUUGGUUUCCUCACCCCCCCCCCCCCCCUUCAGAGAAACCAGCACUGUAUUAAUGAGGCUUUAUUCAUGCAACAGGCUGAUUCCACUGAUGAGGCAUCUCUUACAUAUGCAGGUCUGCAUUCAUCUUUAUUCUGUUUCUGUUCCAUGUCCUGUAUUUCAGAGCACAUGCCAAGGACUUUAGAAAAUAAUUUAAUCAACCCAUACUAUAAAGGUAGAAAACUACAAACAACUUACUACAGAAAGUAACUGCUGAGGGACAAUUCUCAAAGUGCAAGAAAUUUGUAAGAAACAAGAAUGGGUGAAGCCUUACAGCUGAUCCUUGUCCACACUAUAGCCACUACUCUCCAGCAGAAGAGCAAAGGUACAUUAAGGCAAGGAAAUGUUGCACAGACCAAGUACAGAACACAGCAGGAACCAUGAAUUAUUUGCAUGAGAUGUGUUUAAGUAUAGAACUGUGUUCUGCAAAUGUUAAAAUUAUUCCCAAAGCUACUUGCAACAAGGGCUGAGUGAAAAUAUUUGGUACAAUUAGGAAUUUUUCUUAUAUUUCGAUAUUGAGACUUCAUUUUAAAUGGAGUUAAAGAACAAUAAAAAGGUAUUUGUGUUUAAAUUCAACUUAUUUUCUUACAUAUAUACUUCCCAUGGGCAGGCAGAUGUUCAGCCAUCUCCAGGAAAACUGGGUUCCAUCAUAUGUAAUGGUCACUUGGGAAGAGACACACUGUAACUUCCCCCUUCAAACAUCCCCCUUUUCCUCUUCCUUCCCCCAGCUUUAUAUAUCCAGUAUGACAAUGUGAGGUAUGGAACAUCUCUAUGGUCAACUGGGGUCACCUGUCCCAGCUGUCCCCUCCCAACUUCUUAUGCAACCCCAGGCAGGUGGGGUGGUGUGAGAGGCAGACUCUGUGCAAGUGGUGAUAAGCAGUAACUAAAACAUCCCUGUGUUACCAACCUUGUCUUCAGCACAAACCCAAACAUGGCCCCCUCUGAGCUACUGUGAAGAAAAUUAAGUCUACCCCAGCCAAAAGCAGCACACUGUCUUCUGAGGUGCUUUUGACCGUCUCAUAAUUCUUAUGUGCACGUACACUUUAGAGCUGAUACUGGUUACAAACGUUGAAUAAAAGUGAGAUUAAAAAAAUAGUUUAAGAAUGUUAUUCUGUCAGUCAAGAGCUCAGUGUUCCAUUUUUAUGUGGCUUAAAUCUCUGAGCGUAAUUUUGGUGCUUGAGGGAGGCAUUUUUGAUAAUGAUUUCUUUUAAUAUCUGCAAGUUCUUUCCAAUGGUACUGUUUGGGGAAAAACAUAAGAAAACAAUGCUCCUCCCCUCAAAAAAAACAAAAACACAAAGCAAAAACAAACAAAGAAACAAACCAAAAAGUAAAACCAACCAAAACCACAUUCAGUGCAGUAAAAAGACCUAUGAAAGUGCAGGGUAGACAGAAACUCUGGAUAAAGCAAUAUGGCAUUUUCAAUAUUCAUCCGUGACAGGAAUCCAAUUUUGAAAUCUCAUGUGAUAAACCAUGUGCUCAGCUUUGGGCAGGUGGACUUUCUUAAAUAGAGGACUGGCUGAAUGACACAUCUGGGAACAAAAACAUCUCAAACUGCAAACCAACUCUAUGGGUGAUUUUAGAUCAGUUUCCAAAAAGAAGCAGUGCAAUAUUAAGUAAUGAUAUUAGAAUGUGUCCUGUAUCUGUAUUCUUAGGUAUUUAAUCUCAAACAUUAUUUCAAGGUCUUAGCAAAAAAGCAAAUAACAAAAGAUUCUUCAUCAGGAAUGAGGAGAUAAAAGACAUGAAGCAAACAGAGCUAAUGGUGAGCAAUGCAGCAGUUGUGAUGUACUGAAAUAACUCACAGAGCAUCAUCCCUGUGAGCACUGAUGUGCUCUGGAGACAGGAGCACGGAGCUGAGCCUUCCCAGAGCACACAGCUUUCUGCUGGGGAAGGCUGUUGCUCCCGCCCAACCCUCAGAACAGCUGUCUGCACCUGCUACUUCUACCUCACAGAGUACUUCCACCUUGCCCCUCGUGGUACAAACAACACAACCAGCUGCAAACAGCAGGCAGAGGAGCUGGUCUUCUUCCCAUACCAUAUUUUAUUGUCAGGAACAACACUCAACAGAAGAGAAACUGUUUUCCUUGCUUUAAAAGAGGUUUAACCAAAAGAUUGAAGAAUUCAGUAUUAAAUCCUUUUUUAAAAUUUCAUGCACCUAUUUCUACUCUCAAUUCCCUUGGUUUUAUUUUGUAUGUCAGGCCCCUGAAAUGGGAAAUUCUUGCUCUCAUUUGAAGCAAAUCUGGAAAGACUAAUGACCAACUGUUUUUAAUCCAGUCCUGCUAAAAAAAAACCAAAAUCAAAGCAAAAAAAAAAAAAAAGUAAAUGUGAAAAAUAAAGCCAGCCCAUUUUUCCACAAAGAGUGAAGCAAGUGUGCUGAAGUCUCACAAAAAACAGACUAGCAUAAUUUAUAACCAAUCCUAAAUAGCUCAAGAUCAGCACAAUUUAAACCUGAUCCUAAAUAAAUCCUAAGACUUAAAACUGAAGCUAAAUGUAACUGCCUAUUUUAUUGCUCUCUUUCUUGUUGCAAGUGACUCCAUACUGAUUUUUAGCAAAGAAAUUAGAGAAAACCUGAAGGAAAAUUUUAAGCAGACCAUAAGUAGCAAGAAGAGUUUUCCAUCAGAGAUUAACUCUUGCUUCAAUUAUGCAAGAAAAUGAAAAUGUAAGUAGAAAUAAAUAUUUCAAACAAAUUUUAUUUGGUACUUACAUGCUAUAUAUAGUUUUAAAGAAAAACUACAUAUUUUGGACACUUCAAAAUAUUGUGGCUAUGUACAUGGAAAACUAAAGAAAGCAAGAAAGGAACUCAAUUCAUUUUACCAUGUCACAAGUUAUUAUUGAAAGCACUCUGACUGAAUGGCUGUUUUUCCCUUCCAUAAAUAUUCUGGCAAAUGAAGUCUUUUUCAUUUUAGUUCCAUCGCUUUUAUCCCAUCUCCUCUAUAAGAUGAACACUUGGCAGCAGCAGAAAUUUCUUCAAAACUUCUUCAGCUUUUGUCUCAGAGGAUUUCUUCUGCUAGCACAGACUUUCUGCACAGCUUCUUAGAGGCCUUGCUCAGUGCUCACUAAAGGCAAGUGCAGGAAUCUUAAUGGUAAAUUCUCUGUUAGCAGGAGCUUAGAGCCCAUGAACCUCUAUUUCCCCUACCCAAGGAUCUUCUUACUGAUUCAGAGAGCAAUGCCUCAAGCCUUCAGCGAUGCUGCAAACUCAAACACCCAGAGUGAGCUCUGCCUCCAACAGCAUUGUUUAGCAAAGCACAAAAACGUGCAAUAUUUUACAGUUCUGCACAACAGCAACCAAAAGUGUGGUAUGGAAAAAUGAAUGACAGUAGAAAUCAGCAUCAAACUAAGGAGAAAGCAA